CUCCUCGAGUUGCAGACGUCAUGUUUGAGUAAGCAGAAAUUCAUUCACCGGCAGUAGCAAUCACAGAACGCAUCAUGGAGUUUAAACCUGUCAAACUGUUUAUAUAUGAUAUAAGCAAAGGGAUGGCAAGGGCCAUGUCUCAGGGAUUUCUUGGGAAGCAUAUAGAAGGGAUAUGGCAUACUGCUAUUGUUAUAUUUGGACGGGAGUAUUUCUAUGGUGGAGGCGGCAUAGAAAGCUGUCCCCCUGGUGGAACUAUCCUGGGUGCUCCAGAUACCAUCCAUGACCUUGGCGAGACACAGGUCAACUAUAGUCUAUAUUUAGAUUAUUUAACUGCGCUUGGAGGGGACACAUUCAGUUCAGAAAAGUAUCACUUGUUUGAUCACAAUUGUAACACGUUCACUAAUGAAGUAGCACAGUUUUUAACUGGACAAUGUAUACCAUCACAAAUAACGUCUCUGCCAAAGGAGGUGCUAGACACGCCACUAGGUCAAAUGAUAAAACCGAUGAUAGAUGCAAUGCAGGUCACGCCAGUUGGUGGACAACCAAUAGGAAUGCCUCAGCAAGCAGCACAGCAGCAGGAAACAAACAAAGGAACUGAAGCCCAUGGAGGGACUGAUCCCAAAAGUGAUGCAAGAACACCUGCAGCACAGACUGGCCAUGCAGUAUUACCUUCAGAAGUAUAUGACAGGACUGCAGCCAGAAUGGAAGCAGCAAAUAUUGCAUCUCAGUACAUUGGGGAUAGAGCAUUUAGUGCUCUUCAAGAUGAUCCUGAAACUUAUAGAGGGUUUGAAGUCAGUCAGUCAUCGCUGGUUUUAUUUAAAGAAGUUGAUGUGGAAAUCCAAGUUUCAAGAUUAAAAAGUAGUUUACCAGAUAAUUUUCUUUCUAUGGAGGAAAUAAAAUGGUUAGACCAAAUAACUGAAUACUUGCUAGCAGAGCCGAGAACAAAAGACAGACCAGCGAUGGAAUCUGUCCCAAUUAUAGAUAAAAUGUUGAUGGAGUCUGGACUUGCCUCACAGGAGCUUGUUAUCGUAGUGGACAUCCUACAAGCAAUGGCGUUACGAAGUGAACUAUUAGAUUCAUUAACUACGGGGCAUACAUUGAUGAAAUGGAUCAAUCAAGUUAGCAUGUCAUCACAGUCAUAUUGUGAGGAAUUAUUACUUUCACUUACCAGAAUGCUUUGUAACGUGUGUCAUUGUAGAAAAGGCUUUGGUUGGUCAACGUCAACAGCUGAUUGGCUGCUUGAUUCUAGAAAUACUUGCAAUGGUAGAAUUAUCAAUAGAUUACUUGUUUCUAAUUUAUUAAGUGGUAGUGUUAAACUCUGUGAAGCUGCUGCCUCCUGUAUGCACAACCUGGGACAGUAUAAGUUAUUUGAUGACACAGCUGUUGAAUUAGGAAGUGCAUUGCUACAAUGUCUGAAUGGUGAUCUGGAUGAAAAUACAUCUUACUAUGCCCUGUCAGCCCUGUAUCACUGUAUGGAGUGCGGAGAAGUUGCAUGUCUUACCAACAUGUUAGGAUUGGAUUUGGGAAAAUAUGUAAAUAAAUCCGAUCGAGUCAGGAAAGUCUGCGCUGAUAUUGAUGAAGUAUGUAAAGAUUAG